AAAACUUGCAAGCCCAUCAAGGAAUAAUUACAUCCAGGGCAAAUAUUUAUGGUGCCACUUUGAUCGAUCAAACCCUACAAGGUUCAUCCAGGUUAUCUUGCGCAUUGAUAAUAACUUCUUGCAAUACCCACACCGCUGCCUCGCUUCCUGAUUACUAUGCUGGGUACUCUGAUAUUCACGUACGCAGGCUCCAAAAGGCCCUAUGGUUGCGCCAGGGACAGCCAAUCAUCACACUGAAAUCGUAUGACACGAUGUUCAGUCAAAUUCAUAUGAAACACUUGCAUAGAACCCUAUCAUGGUGAGGACUGUAUCACUUCCGGUCCCUGAUUUCAGUGACCAUUCUAGAGUUAAGAUGAUGAUAAUGGCACGGUCUACGAGUCCUGCUCGUUUUUUGACAUACAUAACGCUCACAAUUUGCAAUCACUGCCUUAUAAACCAAUUUGUUCAGUGGAUGAAGCUCACCAACACAGUAAUGGUAAUGGCCGGGCCGUAUUGUCUUGUUGGACUAUUCUAUCACUCCCCUCUCGUUGAAAUUGUCUGGUUGUAGCAUGUUUUUGCAUAGAUCAUCAGUGAUCACUCAUCACUGCAUUUUAUAUGCAUCGGCUCAGACGUAGCGCACUGUUUUGAUCCACUCGACCCAUCCCAAAUUAAGUGUAUGGUGGUACGACGAUUGUUGGCCUACAGUGUAUCAUCUCCAUCCUUAUUAACUGUACAUUCAGUUUAUUAUUCCUACAUGUUAGCCG